AUGGAGCCUAUGAGGGGCGUCUCUGGUAGCAUGGGCAAGCAGCCUGCUCAACAAGAAAGCCCUGAACAACUCCUCGAUGUCUUCAAGGCAGCCGCCCUGUCGGUGACCAAGCUCUACAAGAUCUCGGCUGCAGGACAGUCAAAGGCACGUGCCGAUGGAUAUCAGGAUUGCCUCGAUGACCUUUUACAAUUCUUGGAUAAAGAGGGCAUGGGUCUGGGUGAUGGAGAAGGGUGGAAGAUCCGGAAAUGGGCCACAGAAAGACUCGAUGGGCGUGAAAGCAGCUCUCUGAACACGGAGAGUGAGGACGAGGUCGACAAAGCUGAAACAGCCUCGUCACCUGAACUCACUCGAACGGUUAUCCCUCCUCAUCCUGCGAACCAAGUGCGAACCGACUCCGCACCACCAAGUAUUCCUCCUGUUGUCGAGCAGCCUACACCGAUAGUCGUCCCUUCUCAAGACAACUUCACCUUCCAGUCAUCACACCCGUACCCGAAUAUCGCUACUCUGGACCUGUCUGACUCAAGACCUCACGAUGAUGUGCCUGCUCCCACACGACCAACGAAAACUAGGCUUGCGGGUGGUCCGAGUCGGUCUUGCCCAAGGGGUCCGGGACAUUUGGUACAGCGGGCUGGUAGCAAGCGCAAGUUGAACUUUGAGGAAAUAUUCGAUCUCGGCAGUCUAAGCGGAAAGGAUCCUUUCGAAAAGGGAGGGAAGCGUGGCCGACAUGCUUGA